AACAUGCUCUCACACACUAGUGCACUCGCACAUGAACACAAAAGUGAACAAACAUGAUUGUUGGGUUGUUUAGCAAAGAUAGAGCAUGAUCUGCUUAGCAGCUUCAAAUGUUCAUGUGUUGAUUGAUAUGGACCAGUAACUAUUGUGCAAGUCUGGUCUAUCUUUUUGAAUGCAAAAUGAUUUGGAUGGAUAUUCAUUAGUAGUAUUGCAACCCUUACAGCAUUAUCUAACAAUGAGGAUGUAUACAAGCUUUAUGUCACACAUCGGUUCUCUGCCAUUAGUUAAUUCUUUUCUGUUAAGAUUCAUUUAUUCCAAUAGUUACUUAUCCAAAUUAAAAAUAUGUACUUAUACCAAUAGUUUGUCAAGAUCAUCCAUUAUUUCCUCAAGCCUGGUGGUGGCAGCAUCUGAGAAAGGACUUAUUCUAGACAAAUAGGCUAUAUGCAAAUAGAAAACCUCUCCUCUUAUGGAGAACUUCCCCUUUGAUGGGUCUUAUGCUUCGUGAUUCGUUAUUAGUUAGGAGGUCCAAAGUAAGUGUUGACACCGGAUGAGAAACAAAAGAAAUCCCCAUAUAGGGUCACUGGAGCAUAUACUAUUUAUUAUACCUUCAUUUUUAGUUACCAAGGCAAAUUAACAAACUUUUACACAGUACCUACGGAACUUUUUAGGCUUGAGAAAAUAAUUGAAUAUUGCAGAUGUAGGGAAGAAUAGGAACUCUGUUUGAAGCAAUUGAAGAAAAAAACAGUAUAAAAUAAAAAAAUGAAUCUGUUUUCCCAAUUGGAGAUUCUGGUUACUCAAUUGUCACUUUGUAGUUGUCGUUUCCAAUUUUUGUUCGGCAACAAUUAAUGUAAAAUACAAUCAAUCCAUUUUUUUCGUGUAAUCAGAGUAAGCAAUGACGAAACCGUUUAAAUACCAGAAACAGUAAUUUAUUAUAUAAAAAUAAAGUGUUUAAACUAUACAUAUUGAUAAUAAUUUUUUUCUAUAGUUUUUUUUCCCAUGAUAUUUCCAAUUUAAAAAGAAGAAGAAGAAGAGAAUUAAGGGAAAAAAGAAGUAACGUGGAAUAUGAUUAGUCAACCAGUCAGCAUCGCAUGUGAAUAAUUAAAAACUCUUUCUAUUUAUCCUAACAAAAACCAAACAUUUGGUGCAACAACAAAAGUUUAUUCUGAUUUAGUUCCACUUUAUAUAUAACUCAGUCCACUGGCUAAUCAGAUAUAACUUAUGCAUUAUUAAUACAUAGUUGUUCUAAUUCUGUAAGAUUUAUAGUAAAUAAAAAAUACCUUGGUACUUAUAAUUUAUUGUUCUCUCAAAAGUCUAUUUAUAUAUAUAUAUUUGAACCUUGUUAUUAACGUGUGUUUCCCUCGUAUCAACCGAUUCCUCUCAAGAACUUAAACGUUUAAUGUUGUAGCUCUCUUAAUUAUCACUUGAAGUUGGGGUGGUUAACUUAAAUUCAUCAAAGGAUGUCUUGCAUUUCUGCUAUGUUUCACUGAGAUAUGGAUCCUUCACAAAGCCUUGUGUCCAUUCAUUAUGCAAUUAAGAAAGAAACAUGGAGGCGCACUGUUGUUCUAUCGUUUCAAAGUCUCGGAGUAGUAUAUGGUCGGUUAAGCACUACUCCCUUGUAUGCAUUCGGUUCGAUUGAUCCUUGCCAUAUCAAAUCAGGACAGCAGAUAUAUGAACUCUUUUCCUUCGUUUUUUGGACUUUAACCAUCAUUCCCUUGUUGAAAUAUGCCUUUAUAGUCUUCAAGGCUGAUGAUAACGGAGAAGGUGGUACAUUUGCUUUGUAUUCCCUACUUUGUAGGCGUGCCAAUGUAGGUCUGCUCCCGAGUGAUACAAGUGCUACGGAGCUUAUGCAUCUAGAGGAAGGAACCCCUUCUAAAAUGAAGGCGGAGUCAAGGGCAAGAAGAGCUAUCGGAAGAUAUAAAAGCAGUCACUACUUGCUGUUACUUUUGGCUUUGCUUGGUUCCUGUUUGAUAAUCUGUGAUGGAAUUUUUACUCCUGCUCUUUCGGUUUAUUCAGCAACGUCAAAUCUGAGACGUUCCUUGUCAAAAUUUGCACCCCGAUUUACCUCUUCAGAAAAUGCAAGACAAUCUGUUGACAAGUAUUUAAAGAGAUUUAUACCAGUUCCAGUAGCUUGUGCCAUCUUAGUUUGCCUUUUCAUGCUGCAACGAUAUGGAACCAACAGAAUCGGUGUCAUCUUUGCUCCAAUUGUUAUCGUGUGGCUCGUUUUUACAAGUGGAUUCGGCUUGUACAAUAUAAUUCAUCAUCCUCAAAUCCUCUGGGCGAUAUCCCCAACAUACAUGUUUAGGUUCAUUAAGAAAAUAGAUAUGACAAGUUUGAAACUUCUAAGCAACAUUGUCUUAUGUAUAGCAGGUUCAGAGGCAAUGUUUGCAGAUUUAGGUCAUUUUUCAAAGAGAUCUAUUAAGGUCACUUUUAUCUUUUUGGUAUAUCCAUCCCUUGUCUUGUGUUAUGCUGGCCAAGCAGCAUUUUUCUCCCAACACCUCGGCUCUUCAGAUGAUGUUGCUCAUCUUAGUGAAUCUGUCACACAUAGACAUCUUCAGCAUAUUUUCACAAUUUUGUCCCUUUUUGCUUCCCUCGUGGGUAGCCAAGCUACGAUAACUGCAAGUUUUUCCAUCAUAAACCAAUGUCAAGCACUUGCUUGCUUUCCGAGAGUCAAAGUUAUCCAUACAUCAGAUAAAGUCCGUGGACAGGUUUAUGUUCCUGAUGCAAAUUGGAUGCUCAUGAUCCUUAGCCUGUCAAUCUUGAUAGGUUUUCGAGACAUAUCAGCUAUUGCAAACGCUACAGGUUUAGCUGUUAUUUGUGGAAUGCUAGUGACUACUUGUCUUAUGUCACUAAUUAUAGCACUGCAAUGGGAGAAGAAUGUUGCAUUUCUCUCUGUUCUGUUUCUGUUAUUCUUUGGUUCAAUUGAAGCAUUGUAUCUAUCGUCGUGCUUCUUGAACUUUACCAAGGGAGCUUGGUGCAUCGUUGUUCUCUCGUUGAUUUUCAUGACAAUCAUGGUCUCUUGGCACUAUGGUACUAUCAAAAAGUAUGAAUUCGACGUAGAGAACAGGGUGACUGUGGACUGGCUGACAGACCUAAGUCCCGGACUUGGAGUGUCUAGAGUCCCCGGAAUUGGAUUCAUCCAUACAAACAUUGUGACAGGAAUCCCAUCUUUUUUCUCCCAUUUCAUCACCAACCUCCCUGCAUUCCAUCAACUGCUGAUUUUACUCUCCUUCAAGUCUUUACCCGUGGCAUACAUUCCCAAAAAUGAAAGAUACCUUAUAGGCAGGAUCGGUCAUAAGGAAUACAAGAUAUACAGAUGCAUUGUUCGAUAUGGAUAUCGUGAUCAUGUUAGAGAUGUUAAUGAUUUCGAGGAUCAGAUUAUUAGCUCUAUAGGUGAGUUCAUCACUAGAGAGGAACGACAUGAUGAAUUGUUGAUCAUGCAAGAGGGAAGGAUGAUAAUUUUAGGGACAAAUGGAAAUGCAUUAGUCCCUAUUGUUGGUGGUGAAAGUUGUCAACAAGUAACAGAUAUUGAAAAUCAAAAUCCUAAUUACAGAAAGAGAAAAAAAGUUAGAUUUUUGUUGCCUGAAAGUAGUCCUCAGAUGAAUUCAUCAGUAAGAAAAGAACUAGAAGAACUUGUUGAGGCAAGGGAAAGUGGCACUGCUUAUUUUUUGGGGCAUUCACAUUUGAAAAUACGCAAAGGAUCGAAUUUAUUGAAGCAAUUUCUUGUCAUGGCUUAUGAUUUUCUUGAUAGAAAUUGCAGAGAGACUCCAAUUGGACUAGACAUCCCUCAUGCUGCUCUUUUGGAAGUUGGAAUGGUGUAUACAAUAUAA